AUGAGUAAAAUUAGGGGCCUGCCACCUGAGGUUAGGGAGCCAGGCCCUGGAGUGGAGCUUGGGGUGGAAGAUGGCUUUCUUUGUCAACUGAUUCAUUCUCCAGAAUUCAACUUGUUCUCCGACUCAGUGGUAUUUGAAAGCAACUUUAUCCAGAUCACUGAGCCCGGGAACUGGAUGGAUGUCUGUGAAGGCUCUACCACUGUGAUCCUCGGGGUGACCUCCUCAGUGCCCUCCUUGCCGCUCCCCAACAUCCUCCUGUUGGCCAACGUCACCUGGCCCUGGGGCCAGCUUUCCGCCUGGAGCCCAGCUGGUCGUGCUCCUGUCAUCGCCCCCAGCAGGAUUCUCCCCCUCAAGUAUGUGGAGCUACAAAUCUGUGACCGGCUCCAAUGCAUCCUGAGGGUUAGAACAAUCACUGAAAAGAUCUACUACCUGAGGCUCCAUGAAAAACACCCAGAGGCUGUGUUUCAAUGGAUCUGCUUGGUGAAAAUUCUGCAGAAAGUUCUGUCCAUCACCACCAAAGACCCGAGAAUUCAGUUCAUUCCCUGCCUGGUCCCCAAGAUGCCCAGCAGCUCCACCGAAACAACACCAGAAAGCACCCUCCCGUCAUCCACCCAGCCCAGCGAAAGCUUCAUGCUGUUGGCAGCCAAGCAGACCAGUGGCAGUUUCUCGCAUCUCCCAGGAAGAUCCCAGCUGACAGCAGACAGAAACCCCAACAUUGCCGUUGAAACAGACAAUUCCAACAGCUGUGACAAGACACCUGCACCAGUGUCAUCUCUGGUCCAUCUGAAUAUACCCAUGAGAGCUGCCUUGAGCCACAGCAUCUGGGAACAAGAGAAUCCAGAUGAGCUCCUUGAGGCUCCUAUAGCAAGUUCCCUAGGCAAGAACAUUUUGGGACCCUGA